CCACCUCGUCGUUGCCGAGCAGCGUUAACCAUGAAAACGCUCACUUCAUUCACUUCACUCUACCUCAUCUCACUGGCAUUCGCUCAUGGAGGUCAUGAAUCUUCUGGCCCAGACAAAGGCGAAACCAUUCAGCAAUAUGCUCGCAGACAUAUGGCCAAGGAACACCAUAUCGAUUCGUUCGACCUGCGCAGUUUCUUCCAGCUUCAUGACCUAAACAGAGACGGGUUUUGGGAUAAAGAAGAGAUAGAAGCCGUCUACGGAGUCCACCAUGUCUACUCACAAAAGAAAUCCAAAGAUGACGUUGAACACCAGAAAAAGGCAGAUCAAAUCGUAACAGAAGUUCUGAGAGUGUUGGAUGCAAACAAGGAUGGGCGUGUAACUGCUCAAGAGUUUGAAAUCGUAGGGCUGGACGGCUUGCCCAACUUCGAUCAUCUUGGAGCAGAAGGUCAUCAUUACGACGUUGAAAGUGAAUUCUUUUUGCACCAUGAAGAGGAAUUCCAUUCCACACCUGAAACUCAAACCGACGAAUCCUACAAUCACCCAGAAGACAUUGAACAUUUCGCCCAACACGAAGCAAUCGAACGAAAAGAAGUCGAACGCGAAGCUAGAUUCCAAGGAAUCACAGUCGAAGAAGCUUUAGAACAACAUCAAGAACACCCUAAUGAACCCAUUCAAGAUGCCUCUCAGUCUGACAAGGACCAAAUCCCUGAACAUCCACAUGCUGAGCAAGUCGAGCCUGAUCUAGGGCCUCAGGAGCCUUCUACUGCUCCGAACCCACGAGUCACGCGUGUGACACCACCGGAGAAGCAAGAUCCUGCUGUCCGCUUCAGAAAUGCCAAAGCUGAGGCUGAAAGCAAAGGUGAUUGGGGAGCUGGAGAUGCGGGAUAUCAACGACCUAUAAAGGCAGAAGAUAAAAUGAGGAGAAACCUACCGUAUAAGUAUAAAUUCCGUCGUAGCUGGGGUGAUUUCUAAGUCACUAUAUUGAUAAACCGCUCCGUUUUCGCUGUCAUAUAACUAGCUUUUUCAUCAUCAAUUAUUCAUGUACUUAUGGUGCCGUGGCCAGCUGGCAAUGAAGCACGCAAAGGGAGUCAUUGAGUAUAAUCGUGCAAUUCAAAUUGUCUUGGCCCACCAUU